CGAUGCUGCGUCUACUCGUCCUUGGCGCAUUCGCUCUAUGCAGCAACAUCAACGCGGCAGCCGUCACGUUCUUCGAGCACCCGGCGUACCGAGGCCAGUCGCUCACUGUUGCCGCUGCCGACGACGCCACAACCGCGCUCCAACGCUGGUCCAAGCCAAUCCAGUCGAUCACGCUCGAUGCCGACACGGAGCUCGUGACGUACGAUCGCCCAGAGCGACAAGGCCAGGCCGCGAUCUGGCGCUACUCGACCACACGCCUCGGCAGCUGGACAGAGCGCGUCGCGUCGUUUGAACUCCGACAAGCAAACACGGAAGCGACAGUACGCGAUGUCAACUGGAAGCACCUCCGCGUUGCCACUGGCUACGUACAAGUGCGGGCGACCGACACGAUCGAGUGCCGGUCGUUUGACGGUGUCAACUGCAACGUCAAUCUGGCAAACACAACCAGCGACAACCGUGGAUCGGUGCACCCGGCUCGGUGCGGCGCCGAGCACGCCAUGUACUGGGGCGUCUCUGGCUUUGACGACGCUACGUCUUGGUGCUCGAUCGCCAAAGCCGCAUUGGCAGCGCCGACAACAUCGUGGUCGUGCGUACCAGAGCAGUCGGAUUGGCUCAUCGUUUCCUCGUCCUCCGACGGCUCACGCUGCGUGGGCCUCAAUAUAUGCGAUCGUUUUGGGAGCCUCGCAAGGUGUCAGGACGUCGCGUCGACGUUGCUUGGUACGGACAUCGUCACCAGCUCUCGUUCGACAGAAAAGCCAGCGACCGAGACGAUCCAGGCGUCGGCUUCGUCAACGACGUCAGCGGCCAAAUCGGGCUGGAUCUGGGGCCUUGGUGCGAUGAUUGUGGUGCUAGUCGCCGUCGGAAUUGUGGUUGCGAUUCAUCUCAAGAAGGAAAAGUCGUCGGUCGAUCGACUCGAAGCGACUUACUCGUCGAGCAUCGGAGACGAAGACGACGUGCCCGGUCUAGUUUAAACGACAUUUUGUUGACAGAAAACGCCUAUCUACUCACUCUAAACACUAGU